ACACUCCAGUCAUCCGCUUCUCACGUGAUAUUGAAUUGUGCACGCACUGCAAUGCGCACUCAGAGCACUAUAUUACGCGCGGGAAAAAUAACCAUAUUUGAGCGGAAAGCGGUUAUUUUUACCGCGUGUAAUACAUAUAGAGGAUAUUACACGGCGGCGCGAAGAUAUGACUUUUUAUAUUCGAAUGGUGGAAACAAAUAUUUUACGAACGAGCGCAGCGAGUGAGUAAAAUAUUGUUUUUAACACGACAAGAUAAAAGUCAUAUCUUCAAGCCAACGUGUAAUGUUCUGUUUAUUAUAUAGUCCCAAGCAAAAAAUUGUAUAAAUACUAAAAGUCAGGUGAUCGAUAUCUUCACUUAGUCUAGUGAAGAUAUGAAAAAUAUGUCACUGUGUAUUUCUCAGCCGUAUCUCACUCUCUACUAUAUAAUAAAAACAUAUACAAAAUUUGCCAACUUCACACGAGGGUUAUGUUUUCCUCAUUUUACAACAUUUCGCAAACAAACCUCAUUGCAGUUUUACUCAUUUUAAGAUGCUCUUUCUAGGUGUGGGGGUUGGAUUUCGUUCUUCUUGUCUAGAUCAAAAUUUCGUCCAUAGCUGGAAUCACCCAUUAGAUGAGAAAUGAAGAAUGCAUUAAGAUAGGGUAAAGUUAUUCUCCUCCACAGGCAUCUUUAUGCGAGUGUCUAUAUGACUAUGCAUGGGUUUAGCCUCUACCAGUUUCCCUAAGAUAUGCCUGUAUGCGGAGCGUGGGAGGCUAGAGUAUUGGGUGUUUCCAGCUAUAGAUUAAAUUUUUAUCAAGGCAAAAAGAACGAAAUCCAACACCACGGCUAGAAAAGAGCGUCUUAUAGAAUGAGUAAAACUGCAAAGAUUGCUUGCUAAAUGUUGUAAAAUGAAGAAAAUAUAGCCCUGUGAAGUUCGCAAAUUUUGUAUAUACAGGGUAUAAAAAAACCCUGAACAGAUAUGAAUUUGCUCUCAAUUUUGCAAAACAGCUAUUAAUAUCCAGUUUUUGAUGUAUAUAGCUUCCUUGGGUACUUAUAAUGCAGAAUAAUGAAAAAAAUUCCUCAAACUCAAAUUCUGUGAACCAGGGGGGGGGGGUUGUCUUUUUCAACAAAUUAAAAAUGGCUUGCGCACGAAAUUUAAAAGCUUUAAUCAUAUUUUGAGUUAAUAGAUGGCAACUCUGUUGGGUUUUUAAUUACUGUACAAAAUUUCAGACAAUUUGCUUUAGUUUAAGCCCUUUAACUAUUCAUUUUCCCCAUAAAAAAUCAGCCUUUCGCAUGCCUAAUUAAUGCCUUUACUUAAUUUGCAUAUUGCUGACAUAUGCAAAUUAGGCAAAGGCGUCACAGUUAAGCAUGCAAAUAGCUGAUUUGUAGGAAAAAAUGUAAGUUUGCGCGAAUAGUUAAAGGGCUUAAACUAAAGCAAAUUGUCGGAAAUUUUGUACAGUAAUUACAAACCCAACAAAUUCUUCAUCUAUUAUCUCCCAAUAUGAUUAAAGCUUUUACAUUUUGUGCGCAAGUCAUUUUUAGUUUGUUGGAAAAGUCACACCCCCCUGGUUCACAAAAUUUGAGUUUGAGAAAAUUUUUCAUUAUUCUACAUUAUAAGUACCCAAGGAAGCUAUAUACAUCAAAAACUGGAUACUAAUAGCUGUUUUGCGAAAUUGAGAGCAAUUUCAAAUCUGUUCAGUUUUUCAGUUUGAUACACCCUGUAUUUGCAUUACGCGCGGUAAAAAUAACCACCUUCAGCUCAAAAAUGCUCAAAAAUUUUUCACGCGCGUGAUACAAAUACAUACAAAAUUUGCGAACUUCGCAGGACUAUAUUUUCCUCAUUUUAUAACAACUCGCAACCAAUUUGCAAUUCUACUCAUUUUAAGAUGCUUUUUCCAUCUAUGGUAAUGGGAUUUCGUUCUUCUUGUCUAGAUCAAAAUUUCGUCUGUAGCUGGAGUCAACCCAAACGUGCCUUAUAGUUCAUAUAUAUAAUUAUUUCUCUCAGACAUCGUUUAACUUUGUAAUAACAAACAAUUUUUUUUAAUUAUGAAAUGCACAUUUCAGCUCAGUUCAAUUAUUUUUUUUGUUGUUUUUACACGUUCAGUACGACGUCGACGGUCGGACACAAAUUGAAAACAAGAAAAAAACAGAGCAUUCCGCCGGGAACAAUGUUACGUCUCCCGCCUUUAAAAAAAUAAAUAUUCAUAAUGAUUAACGAUAUAUACUCAUGAUCACUGGAAAUUUCCAACACACUCGUCAGUUUACAUGCAUCACACUUAGUUCAGUAGUGUACGCCAGUGAAAGUUUCACUUUGCAAUGCGAUUACAGGGAUGCAGUUUCGACAGUUCCUGCCAGAGAGCCUAUACAGGAUGUAUAAAAAAGGAGACCUUUCCUUUAGAAAUUCACCUUCAUAGUAAUACGCGAACCCAUGGGUGCGUAUACAGGGUGUAUCAAAAAACCUGCAAACACUAUAAUUUGCCGAUAAUUCUGCUGCUUACUAGCACUUCAAUGUCUGUGCUACUUUAAUAUUUUGCUCCUGGGAUUUGAAAAUACAUUCUAAUUAACCGCGUUGAUAGAAAUUAGAAUAACACGCAGUUAUUUGUAAUGCAGAAAACUAAUUAUCAGUUCGACUGCGACUUGUCAACUAUUGUGUUUACGCACGCUUGGGAUCAACUAUAGUUCUGAAUCAUGCAAAUUCUAAAAACAUUGUUAUUUCAAAGCAUAGCCUAUCGAAGGGAAGAUGGCUGUGAAAUCAUUAGAAUAACAAUAUAACUCAUCUAUGUUGGUCAACGUUUAUUCAUAAAUCUGGUCCUUCACCGUCACGUGUGUAUUGUAUUCUUGCCCAACUAACCAAUAGCAAUGUUUCGAACAAUAGGGAAACUGAAAAUUGCUAUUGGUGGAUUUGGUAAAAAUACAAUACACACAAUACACUGACUAACAUAGAUAAUGAGUUAUAUUGUUAUUCUAAUGAGUUUCACAGCCAUCUUCCCUUCGAUAGGCUAUGUUCAAAGGUUAUUUUGCAGGUUUUUUGAUACACCCUGUAUAAAACACAAUUGAAUCGAAUGUUAUGCAUGGAAUAUGUAUCAAUACAAUUAUCAAGAUAUUUUAAUUCCCAGAACUCAGGAGCAGAAAAUGUUGUGCUCAACAACGAUUUUUUCAUUUCUAUAGACAAAAGUCUCCUUUUUAAUGUACGUACAGGGUGUCCCAAAAAAACCCAAAGCGAUUGAAAUAACGUAUUGUUAGAAUUUGAAUGCCUCAGCACUCUGCUGAACUCACAAGUGCAUAAAAGCUUGAUAUAAGUAAAUUUUAUGCAUGAAGAAACUGUUUAAGAAGCUGCUUUAAAUUCCCAAGAGCAGAAAAUCGUGCGCUUUACAAAGAUAUAUAUUUUUGAAUUUCUUAAUUUGUUAAUAUUUAUAAUACAUGCACCCUGUCAAUAUUUUACGCAUCUUAAUUGCGUUCAGCUUAUUGUGCUAGGGCAUUCAAAUUCUAACAAUACGUUAGUUCAAUAGGUUUGGCUUUUUUGGGACAUCCUGUAUAACACAAAAUAACUCAAAGCUUUAUACCUAUAUAAAUAAUUAGUUUCGAGCAAUUGAAUAGACCUUUCUUUUAAUGACGUCAAACGCAGGAAAAGCACUUAAUGUGAUGUCCCAAGGGACAAUGCAAAUUAUGUUUCUGUGAAAUUUAUUGGCUAUGCAUAAAUUGGUUUUGCGCGUUUGACGUCAUUAUAAGAGAAGUCUAUUUCGAUCGGACUUAUUAUCGACUUCCUGCGGCUAUGAUCUUGUCACAACAAGACCAUUUCUGUGAAUUGAUAUAUGAAAAAAAAAUUUAAUGCGCAAAUCGCCAUAUAUUACUACAUAAAAUAUCUGUGUAAAAUAACGAAAACGCUUCCGCUUUCAAAGAAAUUCCUUUUCUUUUUAUGUAUUCUUAUAUUACAUCAUUUUCAUACAGAGAAUGCCAAACGCGACGUACAUCGUCGACCAUACCGAGCUGGUAAAAUUUUCUUACGUUAGACGGGGGUAUAAAUAUGAAUUGAAUUUAUUCACAAAGAAAUGAAAUUCGGUUAUAUGCAGACCAGGGGAAUGUGCAAUGCUCCUGGCAAUGUUUUAUCUUUUGUUCCAAGACGCAAUGAAGACAGUCUUGCCUCAUGUGCGAUGUUAUACUGGUCAUGCAUGAGUUGGGACACAUAUGUCAUUUAUAUGUCAUUUAUGCACAAACAUGCAAGUUCCAAGAUUACUGGUUAAAAAUAACUUUGGUGGCGCAUUUUUGUAUAAAAUAUUUUUAUUAAAUUUGCAUUUGCCCAAGAGCUCAUCAAAGGGACUCACACAUGGCGCAUUUCAAUGGCAUUGCUUAGGUUAGAGAAGGUCAAUGGCAGAUUAGAGAUUAUAUAAGGUGAGGGUUAUGCAUGUAUUCAUAAACUAUCAAGAUUUAACUCGAACUCGUUUUUUACGCUUACAGAAUUACAUACUUAAGCCUAGACUAUUUUAUCUUUUACAACAAUUGUGAUAUUACUUUCUUAACUGUGUUUAUCCUACUGACCCACCCUAUCAACUUUCCUUGUGGGAGGAAACCGGAGCACGCGGAGAAAACCCACGACUAUCGGCAGAGCGUUAGUUGACCGACUCAUUUCACAUAAGUGGGAAACGAGAGAAAUAGAGAAAUGAACCCACGAUCUCAUAACUGAAUGACGGAUGUUCAGUGACGUGUUAUAUUUAAUAGAGACCUUACGAUUUUAGGUAAUAAAAUAAAUGGUAUAUAGUAAAUAUAAAUUGAUAAUUCGUCGUACUGUAUAUCAUCAAUCGUAUGAAUUUAAUACAGUCUUAGAAGUUGCCCCGGACAUGGGUUUUAUGGUUGGGAAGAGUUCUGCUGAACCCAGUUUGAAGUUGCACUUGUUGCCGGCUUGAAAUGCAGCCGUUGUAUCAAGACUGUGAAAAUCUGUGAUUUGGCGUUGUAAACAGAGCGAAGGACAAUGUCUAAAUUAUUCAUAUAUUGUAAUUAUUCAAUUCUUUUCAAUGAUUUGUUGUUGUAUUGGCAGCCGUUGCCGUCCCGUUUGCCGUCCCAAAUGUAAGGUCUCUAAUAUAGUAUUCUACUUUUCAUCGACGAGCGUUGGAAAUCAUGUGGCCCUGCUUCUAACUCUUUCCGCACAGUCUCUCAAAUUUGCUUCGAAUAAUUUAAGGACGCAUGCAAAGGCCGAUGGGAAUGCUAUCACGUAAUGCAUCCAUUACUCAAUGCGGGAUUAGUGACUGGGGACGAGUAGGGCCCAGUGUGUGCUCCAUGACCAAGUGAAGCCAAAGAUGGCGGAAAUUGCAGGAAUUUACGUCCACUGCCAGUUUAAAAGGUUCUAUUUUUUUUAAUUGUCUGACAGGAGUGUGCCGAAAUUUCGUAUUUUGACUUCGGUUGAAAGACUAAUAUUAUGAUUUUAUCACCUGAAAACUUAAUUAGCGUUACGAGUAUAAACUACAACAAGCGUUCCUCUUUUGAGUUCCCAACUUGCGAUUGCAAUUUUCCACAUUACCUUAAUUGCAAAUUUGAAAACCUCCCUUGCAAAUCUCUUGUGGGCAUUUGGAAUGCUCUUAUCGGCUGUUGUGGUAUUCCAAUGCAGAGAAACUUCCUUUCAAAUUUUCCUAACUUCCUAGAAGUUCUUAAGAACUUCUAAGUUCUUAAGAACUUCUAACAGGAAUUGUGGAAAAUCUAAUUGGCUUCUAGGAACAUUGCAAAUUCCCUCAAGAGAUUUGCAAGGGAGUUUUUCAUAUUUGCAAAGAUAAUGCGGAAAGUUGCAAUCAAGUUAGGAUUGAACUCGAAAGAGGAACGCUUGACGCAGUUUAUACCUGUGACCUUCAUAGCAAUUGGACGUCAAUUCGGUCAUCCGUAGUAGUGGCUUCACUUUUCUCAUAUGGUCGAAUGACUGAAGAUCGGUCUUGUUCCAGGUAAUGUAGGGCUCACUGGCCAGGCUCUGCUUAUUGGCAUGAAAUCAACUGUGAUUUUGGGAAGCAUUUUAAGACUUAAAACAUAUGAUACAUAAUACGAAAUAGUGGACUAAAAUGUUAAAUGACUAAAUGAUGAAUGCCAUCUCAAAUUGUGUUUUUAACCGCCAGGGCUCGAAGUAGAGAAGAAAUAUGGCCUGCCAGUCUAAAAUGUUUUGGCAGGUGAAAUAAUUUUUUGCCUGCCAUUUUUAUUCAUUGAACUGCCAAAAUGGUGAUGUCAGAUGUCUCAUAUGAGUCAUAUUGUAAAAAUCAAUGUUUUCAUGAUAUGCAUUUUUAUUGUUUUUAAACUUGUCUAUAUUAUAUUGUAAACUUGGAUUUUCAUUUCAAACAUAAACGUAUUUAGUCAACUGAAUGAUCUAGUAUAUGAGCUGUGGUAACCAAAUGAAAUGAAAUGAAAUGAAAUGUAUGUAUAGAAUUUCACCUGCUAUUUUUUUUACUUUGGCAGUUCAAAUUUGUUUUUGCAUGCCAUUUUUAAAAUAUGGCCUGCUUUUGGCCAUUGGCAGCCCGCUAUUUCCGAGCCCUGUUAACCGCUCUUUUUUAUAACAUGCAGGCAGGGCGCUGUAAAACGCAGCGUGUUUGUUUAUACAUAUUUUACAUGGUGAUAAAAUUAACUAUAUGCUAAUCUUCAUCUUAGAAUUCUAUCAAACACCAAGUGUGCACGCGCAAGAACCAGAGGUGGUGAGAUUGCCCAAGUAUUUCCGAUGUACGUUGGGAGAGGGUCCGACACGAUAUCGUCGGGAGAGAACUGUGUUCACUCAAACUCAACUCAGAGCAUUUGAAAAGAAAUUCGAAAACCAAAAAUACCUUACCACCCAAGAACGAUACGAGCUCGCAAGGAAUCUUGGGUUAUCAGCGCUUCAAGUAAAGACUUGGUUUCAGAACAGACGAAUGAAGUGGAAAAAGACAACUAAAAACUCGGAAUCUGAAAAGUCAAGAUCAGAGGUGAAGCCUGAUCACCAACAACUUACGAAUGAGGAGAAAGAUAAACAAUGCAUGCAGCAACAUGGGGACGAUAGUCAAUCCUUACUGCUAACAAACAUUCCAGAGAUCGAAUAUGAUUGAGUUCUCGUUGCCGUGAAAAACAAGAUCGGGCAAGGAGUUUGUAAAAAAUAGUGAAGAACUUAUACAUACGUACGUAGUAACAAUAGUAACCAUUAUAUCGUUAUUAUGAUAAGUAAGUUAAAGCAAGCUGUGCAUGACUAUAGCUAAAAGCAACUGAAGACUUUAUAAUUAAGAACAUGUAGACCUAUUGAUAUUGGAAUGUUUAACAUAGUUUAAAUUUGACGGAUCUAAGAAUAUUUAUGAUUGGUUUAAUAGUCCUAAUGUUUCCGGUAGUGGCGAAGCCAACCAUGGCAACAGGUCAUGCUAUGCAAGUUUUUAAUGAUUUGCAUUCUUCAAACUUUUAGAAAUGUAUUGUCUUUAACCUAUUCAGAUUCAGGAGGUUUAUUAGCAUAGCAUGACCGGUUGCCAUGGUUAGCUUCGCCACUGGUUUCCGGCUUAGUUAUAAAAUUGUAAAUUCACGGGUGAAAUCAACGUAUUACAACUAUCACAAAUGGUGUUUUACAGCAGUUGUUACCGACUCAUGUAUUGUCAGGGGUGUAUAUUGCCGGGAUGGGUCCAGCAUGAUCUGGUGGGGGGGGUGCUCUGCCAGCUCUGGUGGUUGGGUCGGUCAUGUGCGCCGCCCACCCAUCUUCCUUGACUACUGCAAAGUCUUGCUUGACUACAGUAUUUGAGUUGUAAUUGUUGUUCACAGUUCCGCUUAUCAUGAUGUUAUUACUCAAAUUACUUCAGAUCUCAUUUUGUCUCUAAUCUUUUUUUUGCUUUAUGAUGAAAAAUAGAACCCCCCCCUGCACCCCCUCCGGCCAGGGAUAGAGGGAGGUGCGCACCCUGGUAUAUUGUUACCAUUCGCUCCCCCUUCUUAUAUUGCAUAUGUAUGAGUGUAUAGUUAUAUACAUGGGUAUAUGUAUAUAAAUUUCCACUCGGUAAUUUCCAUCUAGCUAUAAUACCCUUCAACGAUUAUUCAAUCGAGUGAGACACCAACAAAAUCUUGCUAUUUGCCACUAUAGAUAAUACAGCCUGUUUCAUCCAAGAGGAAUCAUCUUGGACUCCACUAAAAGGUUGCCGCUACAGCCUGUUUCAUCCACGAGGAAUCAUCUACUGGUGGAGAACCACCUGAUGAUAUUCUUCUUGGAUGAAACAGGCUGUACAGUGUGUAUCAAAAAUGGUAAUCGAACUUCAGCCGGCUAUUGUAUCUGAAUUACUCUGCGUAUGAACGAGAUUUUUCAUAGUCGGAAAGAUCAGGCGUUUAGCUUUUGAAUGGUAUGUUCUUCGUGCCAAAUGGAUAAAAAAUUGGCAAAUACAAAUCCGGUAAAAAACGUUAGGGACCGGUCAUAAAGUAACUUCUAGGGUGGGCUGGAGUGAUUUGGGAUGGGCCAUGGAAAAUCUUUGGGCAGUUUCGAUGGGCCGCCAAUUUUUUGGUAUGUCCACGGUUGGGCCACCAAACAAAAACCCAUGUUAAUUAUAAAUCACAUAAAGAUAUUAAUAAUAAAAGUAAACAAAACUAUCCAAAUUAUCAAAUGAUGCUAUUGAAGCCAGUACUUAGUUUUAUACAACAACAAAAAGUGGUCGAAUCACAGCAAAUACAACCAACUGGAGAGCAGCUCAGUAUCGUAAUUGGUGAUGAAUGUGUUGGUCAAGCUUGGUGGAAUUAUGUAUGUCAAUACAGUGCCAGUGUAUAUUUACAAUGUUAAUUCAUACCUGCAAGUUUUUUAUUAUAAAAUUGUAUUUUCCCAAUUUAGAUUGGGUCGGCGGGUCAUGAAAUAAAUUUGGUAAGAUUAGAUGGGCUUUGAAAUUUUUAUCUACAUCCUAAGAUGGGUCACCAAACUUAUUGGCAAAAUUUGUGAUUUACCUCCAGCCCACCCUAGCAGUUACUUUAUGACCAGUCCCUUAGUCAGAAGCGCAUAUUUUCUGGAGGGUUGGGCCUAAACUCUAAAACCGUUGAAAUUAACCCCCUUUAGGACCAACCUCGUACCCAGGGCUUUUGCGCUUAUUGCCUGUUCAUAUGAGCCCGGUUAACCGAGCUGGCCCGCUUAACCGAGCUGGCCCGCUUUGCCGAGCUGGCCCGCUUUGCCGAGCUGGCCCGCUUUGCCGAGCUGGCCCGCUUUGCUUUCACAUGAGGCGGGCUAGCCCGGCAAUCGUAUCUAUUCAUAGUAACGAUUUCCCGCGAUAUUUUAGCGGGAAAAUAAAAUUCGUGUUUAUUUGGCAAAAUUUUAUUUUUGUCGACGUCAACAGCUUCAGGAGGUUUAAUUUCGAUAAAUUCCUAUAGUUUUGGACAUUUUAGACUGUUUGUCAGUGGAAUAAAGCACGCAAAUUUCCAGCACGGCUUGCAUGCCGGGCUAGCCCGGUUGUGCAUUCAUAUGAGCCCGGCAAACCGGGCUGGCCCGCUUCUCAUAUGAACCCAAUCCUAAAUUAAUAUACAAACAAUAUGUGAGGCGGGAUCUCGGCACUUGACAACCAGUCCGGCUAGCCGGGCCAGCCCGGCAAAGCAGGGCUCAUAUGAACAGCCCCUUAUUACUACCACGCACAUAUUCAUAAUUAUUGUUAAGCCUAAGCUAUAUGACAAGUUCCGUGAUUAAUUCCUUUUUCUCUUGUUAUGCGGCUGCAUGCUUUAAUUAGGCCGACAGAGGUGAAAAUAUGCAAUUCUGACUAACAUUUUUUAUCGGACUCUUUUAAUACUUGCUUAUUUUUUCUCCACUUGUCAUAAAAAACAUGUCAUUCAAUAGUAAAAGCCUGAUCUUUCCGAAUACGAAAACGAUUUGUUCAUUAGUUCAUACGCCGA